AUGUCGACACCAAAAAGUGAUUCACAGUGGAACAUUGAUCUUGUUAAUGAAAAUGAUCUAGCCGAUCUGUUACCAUUAUUACGAGCCUAUUGUGAAUUCUACAAUCAAACUGAACAGAUUCCAUUGACCGACGACGCUGCUCUCAUGUCAGUAUCACGUGCACUGAUCGCUAAUCCGAAGCACGAAGGCAUUCAACUGCUUGCUCGAGAUAGCAAGGAUCGAACAGCUGUCGGUUUUGCAACCGUGUUUUGGUCUUGGUCAACAUUACAAGGAGGUCGUCUAGCAGUUAUGAAUGAUCUAUACGUUAAGGAAGGCUAUCGAGGACAAGGUAUCGCCGAUCUCUUGAUCAGCGAAUGUGCACGACAAGCACGUGAACAUGGAGAUCGUUGUUUAACAUGGCAAACGUCGGUCGAUAAUAAACGUGCUCAAACAGUUUACAAUAGAAGUGGUGCUUUUAAAAGUGAUCGUUGGCUGAACUAUUCUCUUGAAUUAUAA